UCUAAAAAGUGGAAUAGUUUUGUGCUUUUAAAUUAGAAUGGAAGCAAUUUAAAAGCGAAGCAAUGUAAGAGGAAGAGAGGGAGAGAGGGAGAAAGGAAGAGAAGGAGAGAGGGAAAAAGGGCUAUAAAAGGAGAAAGUUGAGUUUGAUUAGAAGAGGAGAAAAUUAAAGAGAAUAGAGAGAGAGGAAAAAAAUGAGAGUUCUUGUAGUUGGAGGAACUGGCUACUUAGGGAAGAGGAUUGUAAAGGCAAGCCUUUUGGAAGGGCAUGAGACAUAUGUAGUUCAAAGGCCAGAGAUCGGACUUGACAUUGAGAAGCUUCAAUUGCUCCUUUCCUUUAAGAAACAAGGGGCCAUCCUCGUUCCGGCUUCUUUCUCCGAUUUCCAGAGCCUCGUCGAUGCUGUGAAGCGUGUAGAUGUCGUCAUCUCCGCCCUGUCCGGUGUCCAUUUUAGAAGCCAUAGCAUUCUCCUUCAACUCAAACUUGUUGAAGCCAUUCGAGCUGCAGGGAAUAUCGAGAGAUUCUUGCCAUCAGAAUAUGGAAUAGAUCCAGCAAGGAUGUUAAAUGCAAUUGAACAAGGAAGAGACACAUUUGAACAAAAAAUGGCAGUAAGAAAGGCAAUUGAAGAAGCAAAUAUUCCUUUUACUUAUGUGUCGGCCAACUGUUUUGCUGGUUACUUUGCUGCUAACCUCUCUCAAAUGCAUACUCUUGUUCCUCCAGCCCAUCAAGUCACAGUUUAUGGUGAUGGUAAUGUUAAAGUGGUAUACAUGGACGAAGAUGACAUUGCAAGGUACGUCGUGAAGGCAGCAACUGAUCCUAGAACAUUGAAUAAAACAGUGUAUAUUAGGCCUCCAAAAAACAUUCUCUCCCAAAGAGAACUCAUUGAGAAAUGGGAAAAGCUUUCAGGAAAAGUACUGGAAAAGAUAAGUGUUUCUGCUCAAGACUUUCUUGCUAAAAUAGAAGAUCUGGAUGAAGCACAGCAGUCUGGAGCUGGACAUUUUUAUGAUAUAUUCUUUGAAGGUUGUUUGACAAAUUUUGAAAUAGGAGAAGGAGCUGAAGAAGCUUCAAAGCUUUUUCCAGAAGUGAAUUACACUACCAUGGAUGAUUAUCUCAAGAUCUUUUUAUAAGAUAAAAUAACAAUCAAAACGGAUAUUUGCAAAUUGAAUAAUUAGAUUCAAAAUAAUUAAGUAUAUAGCAACAUUUUAAAAAUUUGAAUUUAUCAAUUUUUAUCAA